AUGCGUGGUGUUUAUGUUUACUUAUUGGCAAUCUUAUACUUUGUUACUUUGGUAGCAGCCAAAGGAUCAAGUGGCAGUGGUAGUAGUGGUAGCAGCAAUAGUGGUAGCAGCGGUAGUAGCUCAGCCGGAUCCGAAGAUCACAGCAACUCAAGUAGUAGCUCCAGUAGUAGUUCCAAUGGCGGCUCUCAUGCUGGCGGUGCUCCUUCUGAUAAUUCUACGACUAGUGAUGGAGCAUUGGGAUACACUAUCCGCCCAAUUGUUAUGUCAGGCGUUAUUGCCUCUACAUUUUACAUGAUUUUUUAA